AUGACAGGAGUCCCUUGGGAGUUUUGCCGGGAGUCUCGACUAGGGGUUCGUCUGCACUCGCUCGAUAAACUAAGAAUGGUUCAUGUUAAAUUUGACGAAAAAGAAGAUGAGAACGACGAAGCAAAACAAAAUCGACAGCCAAAGAUUGAACAUUUCAUGAAUUUAAAUACUACUCUGUUAUCAUUAGUUGAUUUCAUUCGUCCAGAAACGUAUAUUGCUCAAGACGAACUAGAACAGUUUGAUAGUCGAUGUUUUGGUGAAAAAAAGCCAGUUUUAUUUGUUAAUUAUUAUGCAUUUUGUCUUUGUGUUAUAGAUUCUACGCAACACCAAGGCAAUUCACACACAUCUUCCAAUAUUCCUCAGUUAUCUACAUUGGCAUUUGGUAAAUUUGAUUUUGGUGAUAAAACUGUAAAGAAGAAUAAAAAAGAUCAACCAAAAUCAAAGAAAUUAACUGACAUAUUGAAAAAAGUUGAAAAUGAACAAUCAUCGUUAUCACAAAUUCGUGAUGAAAAUCCCCUCGAAGCACGUGAUUUACUACAAAUGAAGAGUGAUGCAGUUGCUUAA